AAGAGAUUUGGCGCAAGUUUCAGCUUCAGUGUGCUGAAGACAACAGAGGAAUAGAGACGCUGAGGGCUGGAAGACAAGAGAAAACCCUCUACUUUCAACUGAGAAGACUUCCUAACACCUUUAUAAAGUUUGAACUCAACAUGCCUAGUACACGCUCCAACGACCAGGCUCAACCCACGCUGUCGUUCCCUCACCGAAAAUCCUGCAGAGUUUCCUCUAACGCCAAGACGCCGCAGCGGGAGGAAUCUCCGGCUGCCUCAGCUUCAAAGCCUGAAACCCAGCACCUCAACCUGGGUCGCAUCAGACCAAUGUCCCCGAGACGUCCUGCCAUCGCCCGGCUCACCGCCUUCCCGUCUCCUCUCUCACCCAGAGGUCCAACAUCCUCCCCGGGUCUCCAGACACGACUCCCACUCAGCCCCAGGAAACGCACAGGAGACGAUAACGGCUGUAACUUCGGUGGCGCCACGCUGCUGGGUUCCCCUCCGAAGCAGUGCAAGCCGGCCGUGAAUUCUCCCAGAAAGCUCAGCUUCGACGAGAACUCGCCUCUCUCCGCUCGCCGGCGGCCGGUCCCAUCACUGUCACCACAGAAACCCAUGUCUCCCAUCACCGGGUCGUCACCGCGGCGACAGGAAACACCUGCCGGAAGCCCGGGGGGGAAACAGGCGGUCGCUCGGCUCUUUGCGGAAAAGACGAGGUUCCUGAGCGUGAAGCAGGCGCUGCACACCGCCGUCCCAGAGCGUCUUCUGUCCCGCGAGUCGGAGCGCGGUGCCAUCCGGUCCUUCCUGCAGGAGAAAGCCCUGCAGAAACUCCCCGGCAGCCUCUACAUCUCCGGAGCUCCCGGCACCGGCAAGACGGCCUGCCUCAACUGCGUGCUGCAGGAGAUGAAGGCGGAGAUGUCCUCGGUGCAGACGGUGCUGGUGAACUGCAUGAGUCUGCGCAGCUCCCACGCUAUCUUCCGGCUGCUGGCGGAAAAGCUGAAGGUGCCGGGCGGACAGAGCGGGCUGCAGAAGUUCCUGACGGCCCCGGGGCCCGCUGUGCUGCUGGUUCUGGAUGAGAUGGAUCAGCUGGACAGUAAAUCUCAGGAUGUUCUCUACACCAUCUUCGAGUGGCCGUACCUCAGCAAGUCUCGCCUCUGCCUCGUCGGUAUAGCGAACGCUCUGGACCUGACGGACCGGAUCUUGCCCCGGCUGCAGGCCCGCCCUCAGUGUCGCCCCCUUCUGCUGCACUUCCCCCCCUACAGCCGGCAGGAGCUCACCGCCAUCGUGCAGGACCGACUCUCUCAGGCGUCGGCUGACGGGAUCCUGGACGCCUCUGCGGUUCAGUUUUGUGCCAGAAAAGUGUCGGCGGUGUCGGGAGACGCCAGGAAGGCUCUGGACAUCUGCAGGAGAGCUGUGGAGGUUGUGGAGUCUGACGAGAGGAAGAAAUUAUCCGAUCUGAAAGAUGAAGCUAAAGCGCCGCGGGUCAGCCUCCCUCAGGUGGCGCGGGUCCUGUCGGAGGUUUACGGCGACAGGAUGGCGUCUCAGUGCGGCGGGACGGACGGAGAGACUUUCCCGCUGCAGCAGAAACUGCUCGUCUGCUGCCUGCUGCUGCUCACACGCAGCGGCAAGAGCAAGGAGGCCGUCCUCGGGAAGCUCCAUGAGGUGUACAGCCGACUGUGCGCCCAGAGACAGGUGUCUGCGGUCGGGCAGGGAGAGUGUCUGUCGCUCUGCAGCCUGCUGGAGAGCAGAGGGAUCUUCUCUCUGAAGAAAGCCAAAGAGGCGCGUCUCACCAAGAUCUUUCUGAAGAUCGAGGAGAAGGACGUGGAAAACGCUCUGAAGGACCGCACGCUGCUGGGCAGUAUCCUCGCCGCAGGACUGCCUUCAUGAACACAUCCUCUUUGUUGUUGAAGAGACCGGGAUAUAUUUUUAUUUCAUUAGUUUUGUUUUUUAUUCUCAUUUUUGCUGAGAGUUUGUACAGUAUUUUAUUUUUCCCCAUACUGAUGUUGACGCUCAGAUUUUGCAAAAUGUCGGCGAGUGCUUCAGUCAUGAGUUUACAGCAUCUCGUUUCAGUUCAGAUCUGAAACGUUUUGCAGUUUGUAUGCUGUAAAUAAACAGACUUACAGACAUUUUCA